AUGCCCUACAGCCACACCGUUGCGAUGUCGUCUUUUCAUGCCACGAGCAGCCCCGACCCCGGCUGCAAGCGCGGAGAGGAUGCCCUUCCGGUCGCGGCCACGCCCACGCACAGGUCGUGCGGCCGCCCUGGGGUGUCGGCGCCGCCACUGGGAAUGGGCUUGGGAAUGAGCCCGUGCUCCGUCGGAAGCAGGGCGGUGAUGGUCGCCAUUCUCCCGAAGACCAAUCCUCUCUCGACGACACCACACCUCAAAACACUCGUCGCGCUCACCAGCUGCCCGCGCCCACGCACCCUCGCCAUCAUCUACGGCGAGCCCGAGUCCCGUCUCAUACGCUCCUGGCGUCGCAGGACCCUCACCGACGCGCUCCCCAUCCUCCUCGCCGACCACUUCUCCGGCACGCCCGCCCCUCAUCCCGCCCUCGAGACGCUCAAGAUCGAUACCACGUGCUGGGCCAUCGACCUCGACCCAACCCUCGCGUACCUUUUCUUCUCCGGGUCAUGGAACAGCCCCUUGUACGUCGCCUGCACACGCCGGGGCGAUUCCCUCAGCGUCGUCGUCCUCUCCGUCGAGACGGCCGAGGUCGCGCCUGGGAAGGACGGGGCGUACCCGACGAUCCCGCCGUAUGCGACGGGCGAGAACGUCAAUGCGCGGCAUCUGUCUGCGGGGUCGACGCUUUUCCUCCCGGUGGAAGUCGAGAGCGCAGUGUUCUCUAUCGGGGUGAGCUUUCACUCCAUCCUGCAUUACUCCCGCGUCUCACGAGACGAGUGGACAGAAUAG